AUGUCUGUCCUAUCUCUCGAGUCCCUCUGCCUAGCAGAUAAUGACAGUCCAUCCCCUGCAGAAGACCUAGACCUGGAGGAUGAGUGGGAUACAGACCUGGAGGUUGAUGGUGAAUAGGCUAUUAUAUUGACAUUUUAUGGAUUAAAACACAUCAGCUCACAGUAGUUAUUAGAAUGUGUUAUUGUUUGCAUUGUAAGUUGAUUUGUUUGAUGCGUAUCUCACACUGAUGGUUGUCUGAUAGUGACGCCACUUCUUGUAAUUGUUAGAGAUGAAAAAGACCAGUAAGGACACUUCGACUGCUGAGAUGUACCUGCAGGCCUGCAAGCUGGUCGGGGUGGUUCCUGUCUCCUAUUUCCUCCGGAACCUGGGCACCUCCACCAUGAACCUCAACCACCACGGCCUGGGACCUCCGGGGGGCAAGGCACUAGCCAUCGCCCUGGUGGUAAGUCAGGUGGAUGUCUAUUAACAUAUAAUCAACUUCAAGGAACGCUCUUUAUGUUCCAAUGUUUUUUCUCAGACUGACAUGCAUAUUACCAACCUGGAGUUGGCAGACAACUACCUGCUGGCUGAGGGAGCCAGAUACCUUGUGGAGAUGUUGAAGGCAAAUUUCACCAUUCAGCAUCUGGUAAGUUUGUAUGAGAUGGUCUUUAGGCAGCUCUUUGUAAGAAGGUAUAGUCAUUGUAUCUGGUAUCUCUUUUGCAUCUCUAUAACCUGUUUAUUCAGAAGUGGGAUAAGUAUGAGUAUGUGGUCCUCUGUAGCUCAGCUUGUAGAGCACGGCGCUUGUAAUGCCAAGGUAGUGGGUUCGAUCCCCGGGACCACCCAUACACAAAAAACGAACAAAAAAAUAAAUAAAUUAUGCACGCAUGACUGUAAGUCGCUUUGGAUAAAAGUGUCUGCCAAAUGGCAUAUUAUUAUUAUUAUGACAUGAUACGUCACACAAUCUUUGAUUUGAUUUGAAUCUGCCACAAGAGGGCAUAAUAGUCUUGCGGGUCAUGCUUUCAUGAUGGAAUUAUAGAUCUGUAUUAAAAUGCCCACUGUUUGUCUUGUAGGAUUUGUCCAACAAUCACCUACAGUCUGAAGGCGCUGAGUGCAUAGCAAAAAUGUUGCUCGAUAACAUUUCCAUCAAAUCCAUCAAACUUUCAGGUAGUGCACACAGAUUUGAAAAUGGAAACAAAAAGAACAGUCUGUUAGAUACUAUAUUUCUCUACUCUAUUUCUGAAUCUUUUUAUGAAAACAAUUUCUUAACAGGGAAUGGAUUCAUAGAGGACAAUGCUAAAAGUUUUGCAGAUGCCCUGGCAGUAAGUGAAUAGAAAUGGCAUUCAAACAUGCAUGCAUAUUGAUGAUAUUACUGUCAUUGGAGUCUAUAGCUAGCUCCUUGCUAUAUCUCUCCAUUUAGAACAACUACAGAGUAAAAGAGCUGGACUUGAGCCACAAUCAGUUCUGUGGGAGAGGUGGGGAGCAUCUGGGCCAGAUGUUAGGUAGGACCAUUUCACUUAAUUACGGCUGAGCAGUCUCAUGGAGUAUACAGUCAAAUGGAGUCAUUAGGGUUACAAUCAUGCACAAUGUGAGUGUUUUGCAUCUGCUGUCACUGACGUAAUCCUACAGCCAACAAUGAAGCUCUGGAGGUACUAGACUUGAGCUGGAACCAUCUGCGAAUGAAAGGAGCUGUGGCUUUCUGUGCCGGCCUCAAGGUUUGGAUAAACAUACUCAACCCAAUUCCCACAUUUAAGGUGUAAGUUCAUAAAACAGUAUGUGAUCAAAAUAUCUACUCUUCACAUAGGUGAAUGUGACCCUGAAACACCUGGACCUGUCCUGGAAUGGCUUUGGGAAUGAGGGGGCCUUGGCUUUAGGAGAGGCACUGAAAUUCAACAACACUCUGGUGUACCUGGACCUCAACAACAACCGCAUCACCAACGAGGGGGUAGGCAUGCUGUGCAAGGGGCUGGAGGCCAACGACACUCUCAGAGUACUGAUGGUAGGUGCUUGAUUGACAGGGCACACACCCACUGACCUGUGUGGUGUGAAACUAGGGUGACUUUAUAUGUUUUGUGUCCCUGCAGCUGGCUUAUAACUCUCUGACAGUGGAGGGGGCGCUGGCUCUUGUCACUGUGGUCAAGAACACACCCAAAACCGCUCUGGAGGAGAUCAACAUAUCCGUGAGCGCUGUUGUUCUCUUCUUGAUGUACACUAGAAGUGUUUUGGUCCCUGCAUUAUAACUUUACCAUGGUUUGGAGCGUUAACUUGAUGUUUGUGUGUAGAAUGUGUUGGUGAAUGAAAACUUUGUGCAGCUGCUGGAUCUGACGUGCCUUGAGCAUCCCUGUCUGGAGGUGCAGUAUGGAGGAGUCGGGGGCUUUAUCGCUAAGAAACCACCCAAACGCCUUGACCCAAUGAAAGUAAUCCAGGUACUGUAGUAGGCUACUGUUACUCAUGAAACCAUUUUAGUCAUGUAGAAAUGUAGUAAUGUAGUAAUCACAAGUGAUAUCAUUGCAUACCAGUGCAGUGUAUUUUUUUUGUUUACAGCUAAUUCUACAAACUAGGACCUAUUUAUGGCUGUUUUUAAAGACAGUGCAAGAUGUGAAAUAGGGAGGAAUUUUUUAAGACAAAAAAACCCGUCCCAACUAUUAUUUUCUUUGAAGGAUUAUCUGGAUGAACGGAAGCUGCGUCUUUGGGACUUCUUUCGGAAAAUCGAUAAAGAUGGGACAAUGCGAGUGCCUGUGGCAGACUUCAGGAAGGCUGUGCAGGUCUCAAACUAAUUGCUAAUUCCAUAGUCUCUGACAUUUGCAAGGUCUAUUGAGCUAAUGCAUUUCCAAUGCUCCAAGAUAUCCCGGAAUACCCUCACAUGUACUCAUCUGAGUGGGUUUUGUAAUGUCUUUAUUUUGAAGUCAGUGGCCAGCUCAUAGUCUUUAUUUGUUUACUCUUAUGUAACCAUUACAGCAAUCCAACAUCCCCUUGGAUCGAUACCAGAUUGAGGAGUUGAUUCAGAGACUGGAUCGUGAAAGGACAGGGAUGGUAGACUACAGGUGGGCUUUUCUCAUAAGAACAAACUGCCAGAGUGGGGAGACCAUUAUGGGUGUGUAAAGAAAACACCUAACAUCAGCAAUAACCUGAGAACUGAACAGAAACUUGUCAUAAACUGUCUACACAUCUGUUUGCCCAACAAACAAAACAUGAGCAGACCUUUAUGGUCAGAGUGUUGAAGUAGGGCAAACGUAUCUAUGUGUAAUUGCUUGUAGUGCCAUGCCAAUGUUUUCCCCUUUCAAAAGCUGAGAAAGUCAAGUUUACAUCUGACUUGAAAUUAAAUAAGUUUAAGUGAAUCAUCACAUUAAAUACAUUCUUUGGUGUCUCUCCUCAGGGGUCUGGCUGACACCAGGAAGCAGAUGAUGCGGGACCACCGGCGGCAGCUGCGUAAGGUGGAGUCCCGUCAGAAGAAAGAGAAGCAGAAGAGCGAGCGUAUCCUGAAGACCUUUCAGAGCGCCGUGGAGGCCAACACCCCCCGCAGCUCCAUGGUCAUGUCCCCAGGCGGCACCAAGGAGGACUCCAGUGGCCCCCAGCACUUCUCUGCCACCCCACUCAGCUCCUGGCACCACAUUGUCAUGUCCAACAGCAGCCGCUACUCUGUCACAAACCUGAGCAGUGAGCACGUCCACCUCCCCAUGCUAGGGGGCAGCACCCACCAACGGCCCACCAGUUCCCCCACCAUGCGCUCCUACUCCCAGCCCAACCUGAUGGAUGAUUCCCCACGAUACCCCCAAUCCAAGCCCUCCUCGGCCCAGGGGAUGCUCUCUGACUCCAACCCUGAUGUUGACCACACCAAGCUGAGCCCCACUGCCAACCACCUGACCAGGUCCAGACCAGCACUGAACUCCAAGCAGCCAGCUACUAAAAUCAAAACCACCAAAGUGAAGAAAAAGAAGACCAAGAAACACGUGGAUAAAACUCCACGUCAACAGAAUCAAACACAAUCAUCGAAGUGA